AAUUGUGUUUGGCAUUUGCCUGAUCAUCACACAAGGUAUAUUCUAAUUAAAUUACUUGAUAUUUUAUUAAUAAUAAUUAAAUUUAAUUUUACAAAAUGUAUAGUGAUUUCGGAGGACAAUGCUAUUGAUUACGGAGAACAGGCGAACACCGAUGCCGUCAAACUGAGAGUAUACUCAUUGGUUCAGCCAAUCGGACAGAUACUGAACGCCGCAGAGGAACGAUACAAAAAAGUUGGGUUAACUGUACCCAUACAGCUCUAUGAGGCGACUAAACUGUUCGCCUUAGAGACCAUUCCCUGGGUUUUCAAUGAGUUUAAAGCCGUGGCCAACGAGACUGAUAGAGAGCGAGUGACCGCACAAUUCAUUGGCGAAGUCCACGGCUUUAAUUAUAUGAGCGAACGUUUGGAUAAACUCCGUCAGAGUCGCCCAUUGAAUGUAACAGGGUCGGCCGAGAAUUUGCUUGGUAGAAUUCACGCAAUGGAUGUGUUUAUGCAAGGUGCAUUGGAUGGUGAAAUUGCCAACGCCUCCCAUCCAGUUUGGGUGGCAUUUCACCAGAGGAUAAAGCAAUUCCUAGCUACCGAAAUGCCCAAAUUGUACAAGGCUAUUGAUGAAUUGCCAUGCGAACAGUCUAAACUAGGAAAUCUCCAAGUGUUGAUUGCUGAUUUGUCACACGCCUCCCUUCCACCUUUGUAAAUUAUAGACUGUUUUAUCUAAUAUUUAACUAAUUAAGACAUUAAUAAAAAUAAUUAUUUGCAUUUUAA